ACAAAAUAAUGCUUUUUCUUCCUUCCACUCAAUCAUUUGCACCGUUUAGACUUGUUCUGAACCGAAACUUCUCCUUAACUCCCCCUCUCCCACAGCCCUUCAAGAGAAAUUCUGCGGUAGUUGAAAGUGGAUGUCGCUCUUUCAUUAAGCAUUCUGUUCAAAUGGCUCGAUCUGCAUUGGAUGAGAUGUCAGAUUCUGGUGCAUUUGCAAGAACUGCAUCCACAUUUCGCAACUUCAUUUCGCGAGACCGACAAGCCCAAUUCCCGGCUGAAUCUGGCAGAUAUCAUCUGUAUAUUUCGUAUGCUUGUCCGUGGGCUUCUAGGUGCCUUGCAUACUUAAAGAUCAAAGGACUUGAGAAAGCCAUCACCUUUACAUCAGUCAAACCCAUAUGGGAAAGAACCAAACAGAGUGAUGAACACAUGGGGUGGGUUUUUCCUGCGUCCUAUACUGAGGAACCAGGAGCUGAACCUGACCCUUUGAAUGGAGCAAAAAGCAUCAGAGAACUUUAUGAGCUUGCGAGUACAAACUACACCGGGAAAUACACGGUUCCGGUUCUGUGGGAUAAGAAACUCAAGACUAUCGUCAGUAACGAGAGUUCAGAGAUAAUUCGAAUGUUUAAUAGCGAGUUCAAUGAUAUAGCAGAGAAUCCCGAUUUGGACCUAUAUCCUCCACAUUUACAAGCCAAAGUUGAUCAGACCAAUGAAUGGAUAUAUGAUGCGAUAAAUAAUGGUGUCUAUAAAUGUGGGUUUGCAAGGAAGCAAGGACCGUAUGAUGAGGCAGUGACAAAGUUGUAUGAAGCUCUGGACAAAUGUGAAGAGAUACUUGACAAGCAGUGGUACAUAUGUGGGGACACUCUGUCUGAAGCAGAUGUUCGAUUAUUUGUCACUUUAAUAAGAUUUGAUGAGGUUUAUGCAGUUCAUUUCAAAUGCAACAAGAAGCUGCUACGAGAGUACCCAAAUUUGUUCAAUUACACCAAAGACAUAUUCCAAGUUCCUGGAAUGAGCAGCACGGUCAAUAUGCAACACAUAAAGCGGCACUAUUAUGGAAGUCAUCCGACAAUAAAUCCGUUCGGCAUCAUUCCUUCAGGCCCGGAUAUCGAUUAUUCUUCUCCUCAUGACCGAGAGAGGUUUUCUAAGUAGUUUGUAUAUGCUGCCUGCUUACUCAGGUACAAUGAAAUAAAAAUACAGACAGGUUCUUGUGCCUUGAUGUUGUAUGAGCUUGUUUUGGAGGACCGUCUGUAAUGACAUGUAUCUUAAUGAACAAUAUCGUGUGUUUUCUCGGACCAAUAUUAGUGAAAUAAUACCUGUUUUGAAUGCUUGCA